AUUUGCGAUUUUAAUGCGUCUAUAAAAAAUGGCUGCUGUAUCAGUUCCACCGCCUCCCCCACCUCCACCAAUAUUUUCUGCUGUAAAUGAUCUAUCAAGUAACCAAAGUGUUUCAGUAUCUACAAACAAACUAGUUAACGAUACAGUUUAUGUUAAAGAAAAGGCUGGUACAGUUCCUUUGACACCAGCUCAACUGAGAAACUGUAGCAAAGAAUGGUCUCUCGCAGGAGAUGCUGGGUUGCUGCUUUAUUUGCAAGAGUUUUCUCAUCAAAUAUUAUCGAAAACAACAGAUAUUGAAAAAUUGGUUGACAAUGUAUACAAUAUUACUAAGGGGUCAGGAGUAAAAGUUCAUAAUACAUUUAAUGAUUUUUUGAUGCUAUCAAGCAGUCAGUUUAUAGAAAAUAGAGUUUAUGAUGAAGAAACAGUAAAUGAAAAAGUUGAUAAAGAAUUGUUACCAAAAAAAAGUAAAACAAGAGAGGAGUUAGAAGCAGAAGUUAUACCACGUUUUAAAGAAGCAGUAGAUUAUGGGUUUACUGUUCUAGAUAAUGCUUUCAUUACAAUGGAAGUAAAGCCUAUUGAAGACUCAGAUGAAGAGAGCAAUCAAGAAUUCCAAACUCAUGUCUCUGAUCCAAUAAUUGAACCAAAGGAUGUAUAUGAAAGUCGUCGACUUCCUCAUUUAAUUGGAACUGCUGAGUUCCUUCAUGAUGAAACAUUAGGCUUGCUUGAAUUACCAAGUGAUGAUGAAGAAGACAAAGGUACAUUGGAUGUUAAUAAACAUGCUGAAGAAAGCUCGGACGAAAGCUCUGACGAAGAGUUUGCUCAAGAAAGUUCUGAAUCAAAUGAAGAUUACUCAUCUGACGAAUCAGUUAAAACUAAAAAUCUGGUAAGAAAAGAAUCUGUUACAAAGUUGUCCAGUAAUCAAGAUGGUAAGGUUAAUGUCGAUGAUAAACACAACAAUAAAUAUGAUUCAUCUGACAGUGAGCAGGAAGAUUUAUUCGGAGAAAAAAAACAAAUAAAUAAAAAAGAGGAAAGUGAAGAAAUAGUUGAAAAAAAAGUAGAAGUUGUUAAGUCCAAAACUGAUUUGCAGUCAGAGCUUGCUUCAAAGCUGGGCAUUGCAAGAAAGAUGGAAAAAUCUUCUGAAAAUGAAUCUGAAGUAAAAAAUGAAGCAAAUCAGAUAUCACAACAAAUUACAAGUUCUCGCAAAUCAUCUGAAAACAAAUCAGUAGAAGAAGUAACUCCCAAUUUGUUGAAAAAAAAAUCAUGUGAUGAAGUUACUGCAAAAGUAACCAAAAAUGUUAAAGUUUCUAAAGAAAAUACAAGUGUAAUGAAUAAUAGUGAAAAUGAUGAUGAACUCUUUGGUCUUUUUGGUCCUCCUAAAAGAAGUGAGAGUUUUGGAAAUAAUGAAGGGAUGUUUGGGAAAAAAAAAGGAUUAUUUAGUGAUGCAGGAAGCAGUUUGUUUGAUGAGCCUGAGGAGGAUUUGUUUGGAGAGACAUCUGCAAAACAAAAGAGUAAACCUGCAAAUUCUUUACAAGAUUCUAUACCUGGUUUUCAUACAAAAAAAGAAAGUUUCUCUAGCCCAGCAGUUGUCAAAACUCCUCCAGUUGUUAAAGGUUUAUUUGAUGAUGAGGAAGAAGUAAACAAACCAUCUCAAAAGACUAUCCCUCGAAAAAAGACUCUUGAAUUUUUUGAAGAUGAUGAUGCUGACGACUUAUUUGGAGAAAAGAAGCAAACUUCAAAAAAUGUCACUGAGCCAAAAACAGAUGUUUCUAAACCUUCAGAAGUAAAUAAAGAAAAAUUACAGACUUCAUCAGCUUCAAAAUUACAGACUUCAUUAUCUUCAAAUUUACAAACUUCAUCAUCCAUAAAUAAAAAACCAUUUAGUCUCUUUGAUGAUGAUCUUGAAGAUGAUAGUAAUGACAUAUUUGCUUCCUUGGCAAAAACUGAAAGUCAGAAAACAACUUCUUCCAAACCACUUGAAAAAUCAGUCAGUAAUAAAGCUGCUGUUGAAGAUUCUAAUGAUCAAUCGAUGAUAAAACCCCUGAAUCAACCAUCUUUUAAAAAGCAAACACAAGUAUCAGCAAACAAGAAGUUUUCGUUUGGUUCUGAUAACAGUGAUGAUGAUCUUUUUUCCAACAAAACUAAAAUUCCUGCCAAGUCAAAAGAAGUUACAGGAAUUGAAAAUCCAUCAGUUAUUAAAAAUGAAACUAUUAAAACACUACCAUCUGCAAAAACUCGCAAAGUUGAUAGUUUGUUUGACGAUGACGUUCAAGAUGAUUUGUUUUCUAUUAUUAAAAAUUCAGAUACUUCUAAUGAUUCAUUGCCUACCACUUCUACCACUGAAGAUGGGAAGGCUGGCAUAAAAUCUAAAAAACCCAUUGGUGGUGUUUCUUUAUUUGGUGGAAUUAAUCCAUUAUCAGAACAAAAAAAAAUUGCUGAAACCACCAAGAUUAAUAAUAAUGAAAAUAAUGACAAUUUGGUAUCAUCUAAAAAUAAUGACAAUUUAGUAUCAUCUAAAAAUUCUGAUUUGCCAGCUUCCCGUAAUAAUUCUUCUGUUUCUAAAAAUGACAUUAAACCUGUUACGACAAAAUCUGUUGAUAAUCCUGAUGUAUUUGGAAAGACUUCCAAAAGUAUAUUUGAAGAUGAUAUAGAUGAUUUGUUUUCUGUUAAUAAAAAAUUGGAUGUUUCUAAUGCUCAACCACCUCCAGCUGCUUCUGAUGAGUUUAAGGAUGGAAUAAAAGCUAAAAAACCUAUAGGUGGUGUUUCCUUAUUUGGUGGUAUCAAUCCAUUACCAGAAAAAACAAAGUUUUUAGGUUCUAUUGAGCCCGAUGUGGAUGAUAAUGAUGUUCUUUUUUUGCCUCAGGCAGAGAUAAAACCUUCUUCAAAAAAUGACAUUAUAAAGCCUGAUAAUAAUUCUGAUAAUUAUGCUGUUAAUAAGUUAUUGGAUACAUCAUCAAAAGCUACUGCCAUACAACCACCAUCAACAGUAACAGCAGCAUCAAAGAAAAUUAUUACUCCAUUUGGUUCUGAUAGUGAAGACGAUCUCUUUUCAAGUUCUAAACCAAAACAAAUAAAAAAUAUAUCGAAGGUAGUUGAAUCUGCACCUGGUAAAGAAGUUGAAAAAACAAUUAAAACUAAGCCACUCAAUUCUCAACAAACAAGUAAAAAGGCAAGUGUAUUUGACUUUUCCAGCGAUGACGAUGAAGAUAUUUUUUCUACAAAAUCAAAAUCUGUUGUCAAAGCUGACAAAGUCAAAAAGUCAGUUGAAACUACAAUGAAAAAAGAAAAUUUAGCAGUUAGUGCUCCAGUACAAAAAAAAGUUGAAUCUAAUAAAUCAACUUUGUUUGAUGAUAUCGAAGAUGAUUUGUUUUCAAAAAUGAAAACUGCUUCUGUCAUACCACCUGAUUCGAAAAAAAUUGAUGUGUUUCCAAACCUUGCAAAAGAUCCUUUAGCAGAAACACUAAAAUCAAAUGAUGAUGUAAAAGAUGUCUCUACUGACAUUUUUAAUGAUCAAAAAGAUACAAAAAAAUCACUUCCUGAUUUAAAAUUUGAUCAAAACAAUCUUUUUGAAAAAUCAAAUGAAAAUUUUGAUUCUGUUGAUUCUUUUGUGCCUCCAAUUUCUACAGUUGACUCUAAAGUAUCAAAUAAUUUGUUCAAUAAAUCAGAAAGCGGAAUCGGAAAGUUACAGGGAUUGCUUAAUUUGAAUCCAACUAAAAUGAUACCUGGACAAGUUUAUAAUAGAAAAUCUUCUUUAACAGAAUCUCCAACAUUUGACGAGCCACCGAAAGCUAAAACCCUUGAUAAUAUAGUCAAAACAAGAGUACGGGGUAAUGGAAGCCGCAGACCUCCCACAAGGAAAUCCCAACAUAAUUUGGAUAAGGAAGACUUUAAUGAUGAAUUUGUGAAUAAUAUUUCUGAAAGCUCUUCAUAUAGUCAAGAUGACUUUUUGAAUCCUUCUCGUAAUAAUGAACCUCUUACAGUAUCACCUUAUCAGGAAUCAACCAUGAGUCAGCAAAAUGUCUCAAUAAAAAACAAUUUACUUGAAAAUGAUAUUUUUUCUUCAAAAUAUUCUAAAGAUGCGUUUAAAGAAAAUAUAUUUUCUGAUGCAGGAACAUUAAAAAAUGAACUUGACCCUAAUUUAUUUGAAUCUCAGCAGGAAAACAAACUAUCAAGUUUAGCGUUUACAAAUACAUUGACUUCUGCUAAUGUGUUUAAUGCAGGAUCUAAAAAUGUUAACUUAACAGAAAAAAAUGAAAAAAGUAUAGAUGACAUUUUUGCUUCAGAAAGCGAUGUGUUUAAUUUUUCAUCAAAAAAUUCCCUCAAAAAAAGUAAAGAAAAAAAGAUUGAUGAAACUAGUGAUGACGAAUUAUUCUCUAGUAAAAACCAGACUAAAAAAAGUUUAUCAGUUGAAAAGGAAAAUACUGUCAAAAAGGUUAAAAAAAAGUCAGCAAAUCUGUUUGACGAAGAAAAAUCAAUAUUUGAUGAUGUUGUUCCUUCAUCAAAAAGAAAUAAAAACAAAAAGGUUGAUUAUGAUAUUUUUGGACAGACUAAUGAGAUUGAUGAUAUAUUUUCUACUCAACCGAAAACUACCAAAUCAGCGAAGAAAAUUUCGAAACCUAUUAAAAAAACUGAACCGGUUUCUAUUUUUGACGAUCCACUAAGCAAAUAAUUUUUUUUUUACGGAGUAUUUGUUAUAUAAUGAUUAAUAUAUUUAAUUUUUUUAUUUUCAUACUUUUUUUCAAGUUUUGUAUAAAAUAUAAAAUAUCCUUUUGUUUGUAUAAAUAAAAUAUCCUUUUCUUUGUAUAAAUAAAAAAUGUUACUUUCAUCUUCGUUUUUUUUUGUUUUUAUAGCUAAAAAAAAGUAAUUUUGUUAUUUGAUACAUUUUUUAAUUUUGAUUACAUUAAAUAUGCUAAAAGUUUAUCAGGCCAAAUUUUUUUAAAUAAUAAAAUUUUGAAAUAAGAAAAAAAAA